GGCUCGGUGUAAACAAGUCGGCGGCGGCUGCGAACCCGGCCCGGGGGGCACGGUGCCCACCCCGAGCGCCCCCUCCUGCCAGCCAGCCCAGCCCGGCGCACCGGGGCCCCCCGCGCACCCAGGCGAGGCACUGGGAUCUCUCUGCUCCCCGUGGGCCGCUCCCCGCGUGGGGCCACUGCCCCUGGCCCCCGCCAUGGUGCGGAUUUCAAAGCCCAAGACGUUUCAGGCCUACUUGGAUGAUUGUCACCGGAGGUAUAGCUGUGCCCACUGCCGUGCUCACCUGGCCAACCACGACGACCUCAUCUCCAAGUCCUUCCAGGGCAGUCAGGGGCGGGCCUACCUCUUCAACUCUGUGGUGAACGUGGGCUGCGGGCCAGCCGAAGAACGGGUGCUGCUCACGGGCCUCCAUGCUGUCGCUGACAUCCACUGUGAAAACUGCAAGACCACGCUGGGCUGGAAAUAUGAACAGGCCUUUGAGAGCAGCCAGAAAUACAAAGAGGGGAAGUACAUCAUUGAACUCAACCACAUGAUCAAAGACAACGGCUGGGACUGACCGCUGCGCCUCCUGCCGCAUGCGGCUCCACCCGGGGUGGCCGCUAGGGGCGCCGCGGGCCCCCCUCCGCCGGCGCGGAGCCCCGGACGCAGGCGGCUCCUGUACAUAUAUUUUAUUGCAUGCACUGUGACCUUGGGGGGGAGACCGGAAGGGGGACGGACGACACCCCCACCCCUCCCUGCGAUCUGGCUGGCUUGGAUCUCAUGUUGACCCCCUCCCGGUCCCGUCUGCCCGACAGACACAGCCUGUGUGCUGCGCUCUCAGCCCCGGGGCGCCGUCUGCCCUGUGAACUCCUCCUGCUCCUCCCCCUACCCAGGCCCUCGGAUCCCACGCGUGUCUGUUCCCCUUGUUCUGUAGCGUUUGUAUAUAAUAAAGCCAUGGAGUGCACACAGA